CCAACCUUCCUCUGUUCCACUUUUCACACACUCCAUCAUUUUCCCUCAUUUUCUUCCAUUUUCCCGUGAUGGCCGUUGCGGCAUUCAAGUCCUCUUCCAGAAGAGGAGGAAACCACUCUUCCACCACCGCACCCGCCGCCGCCACGUCAUCAUCUUCCGCCACCAGAUCCUCCACCACCACCACCGCCAACAACAGAGCUCCGGCUCGGAGGUCGAGGAGCGUCAGCGCGUUCGCGCGGAGUACCAGCUCCGAUGACGUUGCCACUGAGUUUCUCAACAAGAGGAACAACCCUCUCUUCGACGAAACCGUUCUCGAAACUUCAACGCCGGCUCAGGCUGCAUCCAGCGGCGGUGACAGGGGGCGUUCUGUGGCCCGAAACUCCGAACCGGGUCGGAGUCUCUCCCGGGUUGACACCGGUCGCCGGACGCGUUCCGCUUCGCAGUGUCCGGUUUCGCGGCGGAACUUGAGUUAUUCCACUUCCGAGAGUGAAGCGGAAAGUAAAGGUGAGAGUGUUAUCAAAUUUGGAGGGAGUAGUAGAAGAAGUGGUUUGGUUGGAAGAAGUGAUUAUGGUGUGACAGAUAGGGUGAAAGAUCUGAACACUUGGACUAGUCUGCAUUCGUCUGAUGAAGUCUCUGAUUCUUUUACUGGAACAUUGUCUGACUUGCAAAACCAAAGCUGUGAUGAUGUGGUUUCAACGGCUAGCUCUGGAUUUGGUUCUGAUGAGAAAACUAUCAAAGCAGUUUAUGAACAGAUGAAGUCAGUACAAACAGAUCACCCAGAAGCUGGUGAUAUAUAUGAAACAGUUCGCACUGAAGUGAGGCGUGCUAUUUCUGAGAUUCGGAUUGACCUAGAAAGUGCUAUCCAAGGGAGUAAUGCUACAGCUAUUGCUGUUACCAACGUGGCUAAUAUAUCUCCAGGCUUGGUGAACCCUGGUAAAGUUGAAUUGAUUUUGGAGACUAGAAGAGAAUAUGCCAAAAAGCUUGAAGAGUCCCGGGAGCGUGCUAGAAAUAUUAGAGCAGAUCUAGCUGUUGAAGAACAUCGUGGACAAGAACUGGAUAGAAUCUUGAAAGAAGUUCUUCUAUGUCCCAUGACCCCUAAUGUGCAAAAGCCUCGUCCAGCAAGAAAAUCUAGCAUUGAAAGAAGGAAGAUGUCAAAGCGUCUCGAGGAAGAUGCCAAGGCUUAUUUUGAUGAGUGUGUAUCACUUUCGACAUUUGAUAGUUCUGACUUUUCAUCCCAAGAGGACCCUCCACUCAAUUUGGUUGGUCCACCUAUUCCAUCUGGUAGCCAUGCUUGUUUAGCCCAGGAAUCAGGCACCCGCGAACAAUCCCUGAAUUUAAAUUAUGAGAUUUCUCAACCACCUUCCAGCAGAAAUACUGUGGAAGCUAUUCACGGUCAUGUCAGUUCAAUCACUGGCAGCAGAGACACAGGUUGCAAUCCCUGCUUCUCCUUUGCACAGAAGUCAUCUGAAACCUCUACCCUUCAACAAUACAUUAAAAAGUUCGAAAAAAGUAUUACGAAGUUGCCAACUAUGAAAUCAAAUUGUUCUGAUCUAAAUGACUAUAGUUUGCAAUCAUCAGCUGAGAGCUUGUUGAUUGAUAGGGUACUACUGAAAAAUAGAAUAGAGUCUGGUAGUUUGUUACUCUGUAGUGGUGGUAACAAAUUGUCAUCUAAAUCUUUUGGGAUUGGGAUUUGACUUGGAAGAGUGGAUUAUUUAACUUUUGUCUGUGCCUUGUAAUUUUUGCCAUUGUCCUUUUCACAAGUGAAUAUAUUUCCAAAUGUAAAUGUGAGUUGACUGAUUGUACAUUAAACGAAACUGAAUGAAAUAUAACGGAAUGAGAUGAAUUUCAAUAAA